AACUUUGAAUUUCGAAUUAUAACGAUAGGACCAAUAGGAUGUCACUUGUAGAUCGCGAAAUCUCAUGACGAGUUUGGACCAGACUUCAUCCGAGGAAGCUGUUCUAUUAACACGUGGUUACAGAUUUUUGAAGAAGCUGGGUGAAGGUGCUUACGCGAAGGUGUACCUGGCCGAGUACAAGCCCGAAUCAGAUCCAGAAAGAAACAGUACUUUGGCGUGCAAGGUGAUUGAUACCGGGAUAGCACCGAAGGACUUCGUCCGAAGAUUUCUUCCCCGAGAGCUCGACAUUCUGGUGAAGUUGAACCAUCCUCACGUGGUGCAUGUGCACAGUAUAUUCCAGAGGCGUACGAAGUAUUUCAUAUUCAUGCGUUACGCCGAGCACGGCGACCUACUCGAAUUUAUACUGAAGAACGGUGAGGUUGCAGAGGGACAGGCGCGCAUAUGGCUUCGGCAGCUUGCUCUCGGUCUUCAAUACCUGCACGAAAUGGAGAUCGCUCACAGGGACAUGAAAUGCGAGAACGUGCUACUAACAUCGAAUCUCAACGUCAAGAUCGCUGAUUUCGGAUUCGCCCGCUACGUGAUAGACAAUCGAGGCAAACGCAUUCUGAGCGACACUUACUGCGGCUCGUUGUCGUACGCCGCCCCGGAGAUCCUUCGUGCUUCACCGUACAAUCCGAAAAUCGCGGACGUUUGGUCCCUUGGCGUCAUUCUAUUCAUCCUCUUGAACAAGUCGAUGCCGUUCGACGAUACGGAUAUCAAACGCCUGUACGAGCAGCAGACGAAUCGCAAAUGGAAGUUUCGCAGUAAGAUUGCGCAGGAUUUAAGCGAGCAAGUAAAGAAGCUGGUGUCUCAUCUUUUGGAGCCCGACAUCUCCAAACGCUGGAAGCUGGACCAGAUCAUAAACAGCGAUUGGAUCGCCAUGGAUCGAAGACUUCUGAUGCUCACACCUGCUGAGCAAGCUGCUCUUAACAACGCGAUACAGGAGAGGAAGAAAAUCGAGGAGAAAGUCUUCAUGAAAGAUCCUAAACUGUUCAAAGUGGAGGAGAAGAAAAAGCCGGACACGAACAAGACGAAAGCUGAGGAGGUCACCGUGAUUAAGAAAGCUGCCAAAGUAACAAUGUCUUCCGUUGCUACUGACACAUUAUUUAAACACACUUAGCUAAGGAGUGAAUUUGAGAAAUACGUGUAUUAAAUUGUAGCCUUC